AAUGUUUUAACCGUUUAAUUUUUAGGACUGGAUCAGAGCGUCGCACUCGUAAAUUGAACCCAUUGAGACAUGUACGUACCAUGCUUCGAUUGAAUCCUUACAUCGCAGUUCAAAAACGUGUUGCAAGCAAUGAAAACAAAUUAAGAACACUGGCUCGUGAAACUUACUUGGCCAAGAAAGAAGGUAGACCAACCACUGAGAAGGGUGAAAAAGUAUUGAAACGUUUCAUCAAUGAAAAGAAAAUGUUGCGUGCUGCCAAAAUCAAGGCCAAGAAGGUUAUUGCUGUCAAGGGCUUACGUGAAAUUCAUGAAAAGAAAUUGGAAGCGUAUAGAAAGCGACUUGCUGCACGUGGUGGUGCUCCGCCUACCAAGAGGUGCAAGAAACAAUUACCCAAGCCAAAACCUAAGGCUGAGGUUAAAAAACCUGCACCCACUACCAAGGCUGCACCAAAAGCAAAAUCGACCGGUAAAGCUAAGGCAUAAUUGGACUAAUAAACAAAAUUAUUAUAAA